GCCUGCUGUAGGAUACCGUCUGAUAUAUUUCUUAUCUCCAUUUUAGACUGUAUACUGCUGCAUCAGAGGCUUCAUGACUGGGAUAAUGCGCCGGGCUCUGGUCAGUUCCUGAUGGCCUGACGGUCUCUCAAUAGCAGUUCUCCAAUCACUGGAUCUGUGUGUGACCUGGAGAUGGACAGGCAGGGAUCAUCAGAGAAGCAGACAGACACUAAUAAGACAACCAGCACCCCCACCCCAUCAUCAGCUGUGGUCACCAUGGCAACAGUCAGCUCUGGCAACACCACGUGCACCCAGGCACCGUCUACUUCCCUCAGCAUCAUCUCACCCGACAGACAGGCGGUCCAGGUGAUCCAGCACGCCAUCCACAGACCUCAGAGCAUGGCGGCUCAGUACCUGCAGCAGAUGUAUGCAGCCCAGCAGCAGCACCUCAUGCUGCAGACCGCCGCGCUGCAGCAGCACCAGCACAGCCCCCACCUGCAGAGCCUGGCCACCAUACAGCAGGCUUCAGUGUGUCAGAGGCAGCAGCCGUCUUCAUCCGGUGGCAGUUUGGUCCAUCAGCCUAUUACUAUUCCAGCGUCUCCAGUGACAGCCCAGCUGAUUGGACGAACCCAAACAUCCACUGGUGGUGCGACCACCAUUUCCCAGCAGGCCAUGCUCCUGGGGAACAGACCGGCCAACUGUAACCAAGCUCAGAUGUAUCUUCGCACUCAGAUGCUUAUUCUAACCCCAGCAUCCACGGUGGCUGCAGUUCAAUCAGAGCUCCCUGCUGUCACCUCCUGCUCUGCUUUACCUCCCUCCUCUCAGGUGCAGAAUCUCGCUCUGCGUGCCCACUUGCCCGGAGCGCUGGCCACCACCCACAGUGUCAUUUUAAAACCAUCCGCCCAAUCACAAGCCCAGACUCCAAACACUUCUUUUUCCAAGACGUCGAUCUGCGGGCUGAAAAACCACCAGCUGACUGAAUCCAACACAGAAACACCGGGACACCACGUCAUAACCCCAGCCUUCUCUCCGGUGCAGACCCACGCUCUAGUCAAACAGCAGCUGUCCUGUCCCUCUGGCCAGCGGGUGUCUCACCACCAGCUCAUCCUACAGCAGGCUGCAGGAGGAGCUCCACACCACAGGCAGCUCCAGCCCAUCGCCCUCAGAGUAGCGCCUCAAGAAACCAACUCAAGCCCUCUUCCUCUUUCAAUUAAAAGACUCACAACUCCCUGUACCCAAUCACAAACCAACCACAACCCUCAAGCCCCUUCCUCCUCUUCUUCUUCUUCUUGUUCUUCUUCUUCUUGUUCUCCUUCUGUACAGUCUUUUGCAUCCUCAGUCCCAGCAGCCGCCGUCCAGCCUCAGCCUCCUCCUCUGCUGGCCGCCCCCCAGCGUCGGACUUCGUUCCCACAGAACCAGCCUCCACCUCCUCCUCCGCCUCUGGUCCUCCCCAGGUUACCCCAGAACCCCCCUGCCUCCCUCCAGAGGCGACCCCUGCAUUCGCUCCAGGCUCUUGCUCUUCAGUCGGGUCAGGUGCUGCUGACGGAGCAUGGGCUGCCUGUAGCGGAGGCUCUGGUCCAGAUGAACUACCAGAACUUCCCCCCUCCGCAAACAGUGGCUGUAAAUCUGAAAGUACAUCGAGUCAGACACAAUGACACACCAUCGUCAGGACAAACGUGCAAAGUGAAUGGAUUGAGCUCAGAGGCGAGGAAAGAUGAAUGUCUUCCCGGUGCACAGCGAGACAGGACUCCUCUCAAUGGGCCGUUCAAACAGAAUGGUGCAGCAGUGAUGGGUUCAUCCUCUAUCACAUCCAGCCGCGCAGUGAUCAGGUCUCCGGUGAUGGAAGAGUCCUCACAGCUCACCACCAGCACCCCUCCUCCCCCGUCUCCCCCUCUGCCUCCUCCAGUCCUACAAGCAGCGGUGAGAGGUCCGAGCCAGCCCCCUUCCUCCCCAACCAGUGCACCCCUGAGCCCCGACAAGAUACACACCACCCACGUCCUCACACACCUCAUAGAGGGCUUUGUCAUCAGAGAAGGCCUGGAGCCGUUCCCGGUACGAACACUGGAGGUGGUGUCGUCCUCGCUGUUGGCAGAGCAGCAGGCUUCACUUCCUGAAUCUCAGGAGGGACAAACUAACGGGGACGUGGCAGCAGAGGACAGCCCACUGGACGCUGACCAGUCGGAUUCAACCGACUCAGAGAUGGACGAGGACGGCCCUGCAGCAGAUGUUGCAGAGCGGAGGGGGAGUGCGGCAUCCGUGCUGCAGUGUGAGUUCUGUGGCGGUCGAGGUCACACUCACACCUUCCUGCGCUCCAAACGCUUCUGCUCCAUGACGUGUGUCAGGAGGUUCAGUGUGAGCUGCACAAAGCGUAUCACGGUGCAGAGAGUAGGGCGCUGGGGUCACCGGCUGACGGGCCGGAGAGGACGCCCCCCGGGCAGCAGAGUCAACGGAGCCUCCAGAGAACACUUUCUGAGACAGGCUCGUGGGUCGUUUGAGGAAACCCGACAAAACUCUCUGAGAGACGAGGAAGAGCAGGAGGAGGAAGAGGAGGAUGAGCCUCCGAUUCCCAUGACAACAAGGCUCAGAAAACAGACCGAGAGACAGCGAGAGAGGGAGAGACAGAAAGGGAGAGAGGAUGAGAGGGGGGAGGAGAGAGGGGAGGAGGGGACGGCAGAAACCAUCAGUGUUUCUGAAGAAGAAGACGUCGGCGCUGCGUCUCAGUGGAACGUACAACAAGUGUUUACUUUCAUCAACUCCCUGCCAGGGGGUCAGGAUGUAGCCGAGGAGUUUCGCUCUCAGGAGAUCGACGGACAGGCUCUGCUGCUGCUGACGGAGGAGCACCUGCUCAGCACCAUGAACCUUAAACUGGGACCUGCACUCAAACUGUGUGCCCACAUCAACUCUCUAAAGGAUGCAUAAACACUUUUUCUGAUCUGUAGCAGGAGGACGUAAACAUGCAGCAACAAGGAGGCUCUUUCCAACACGGAGACAGUUAAACAGACUGUAUGGAGAGUUUCCGGAGACCACUGCCAAGGAUUCCUCUCCUGAGUGAAGUCCACACACUGUACCAGCUGACGUCUCACAGAGAUGAGCAGCUGUCUCCAUCUUUCCAUUUCAACAGUGUUGUUUGUAGCAGAUUAUCCCUGGUUAUCCAUUUGUUUCAAAAUGGUUAUUAAAAGUCUAUUUGUAUAACAAGGAAAACAACUUUACAUUAACUUAUUAUUAUUAAGAAUGCUGUACAAUGUCAAAGUUUACAAAACAGAUUUACUAUCUAACAGAUUAGAUUUGAUACACUUAUCAUCAGAAAGCUAAGGAUGUAUGGAGCCAAACUGAUGACAAGCUUAUUUAUUAUUAAUGUAUUAUUGUCAUAAUUAAUUUACAAAUUAAACCACUAAGCAUUGUUUUGUGUUUUUUAUACAUGUUUUCAUAAAGAGUGAUACAGUUUCCCAUUAGUGUUCUCCUGUGAUGGAUGCAAGCAUUUUGAAAUCAACAUUUUUUAUAAAGCUCAACAUUUAAAAAUGGAAUAUAGAGCAAUGA